CAACUCGCAACAUACUACGGUGAGAAUGUGAGACCUUGUGUAACCAAACAAGAGAAAACCAAGGUUGAGUGACCACAACUCACAUUCUGAUAUUCAAGUUGGGACCUUUGGCGUUCAACCAUGGCCAACUUCAGGCUACUCAAGCUCGCAGUCCACGCCUUUCGACCAGAACCCAUCUCCGCUAAGCAUUCGUCUUUGGCCUCUAAACCUUGCGCUACUCCUGCCGUGGUUCCGAAGCGAGCUCUCGUUCACUCUCAUCCUCUACAACAAAACAUUCGCCUCUGGCCUCUACACCAUCUAAAUGCACAUCACCUGUUCGACGAAAUUCCCCACAGAAAUUACAUCAACUUAAUUAUCGAGCACAAUCGCAGUGGCCGCAACCACGAAGCCAUUAACCUCUUUUUGGCUGUUUUCCGGGCCGGUUUACCGGUCACUGUGCCGGUUCUGACUUCUGUGGUCAAGGCUUGCGGAACCUUGUGUGAUCAAGUGGCGGGUAGACAGGUGCAUUGUCAGUGUGUCAAGUCUGGGCUUGGUGAAGACGUGAGUGUUGGGUCGUCGCUUGUCUCUAUGUAUAUGAAGACUGAGGGUCUUGUAGAGGGGAGGAGAGUGUUUGAUGAGUUGAGGGAGACAAGUGUAGUAACUUGGACAGCCAUAAUCAGUGGGUACUUGCAGAAUGGUGCAACAGAGAAAGCCGUCGAGUUAUUUUGUAAAAUGUGCAGGGAAGGUGUUCGACCAAAUGACUUCACUUAUGCUGCUAUCAUUACAGCCCACCCUUGUAUAUCUGUUUUCCAAGUGCAUGCCCAUGUCAUUAAGACCAACUAUGAAAGGUCCCCUUCUGCAGGAAUUUCACUUGUAUCUGCUUAUGUUAAGAUUGGAAAUGUUCCGGAAGCUGAGAAAGUUUUGCAAACAAUCGACGAUAAGGAAACAAGAUCGUGGAACGCAGUGCUCGCCGGAUAUACUCAUAUAGAAGACGCAGUGGGAGCUAUUAGAAUUUUCCUCCAGCUGACAAGAAAUGGGUUCAGACCUGACAAGUUCACUUUGUCUAGUAUCAUUACUGCUUGCAGUGCACCUUCCGGGACAUUGGAGCAGGGGAAACAAUUUCAUGCGUGCGCAGUUAAACUCAUGUUGGACAGUACUCUGUAUGUAAGUAGUGCUCUUGUCACCAUGUACUCAAAGAUGGGGAAUCUUGAAAGUGCAAAUGAAGCUUUUAAAAGACAAGGAGAGAGAAACGUGAUUUUGUGGAACUCUAUGAUCAGUGGGUACAUGCUGAAUGGAAGAAUAGAGAAAGGAGUGAAGUUAUUCUGUAAAAUGAGCAGAGAAGGUCUUAGACCUGAUAAGUUCACUUUGUCCAGUAUCAUUGCUGCUUGUGCUGCACCUUCUGCAACAGUGGAUCUGGGGAAACAAUUUCAUGCUUACUCAAUUAAACUCGGGUUGAAUAAUGAACUUUCUCCAAGUAAUGCUCUUGUCACCAUGUAUGCAAAUAUGGGGAAUCUUGAAAGUGCAAAUGAAGUUUUCAAGAGACAAGGAGAGAGAAACGUGAUUUCGUGGAGCUCUAUGAUCUCUGGAUAUGCACAAUAUGGUCAGGGGAAUAAGGCUCUUGAACUAUUUGAGGAGAUGCGCAGGCAAAAUUUGGAAGUAAACGGCAUAACAUUCCUUGUCGUCAUCUCUGCCUGUGCUCAUGCAUGCUUAGUAGAUGAAGGUAAAAGAUAUUUCGAUAUGAUGGUCCAAGAUUACCAUAUUAAUCCAACAAUGGAGCACUAUACUUGUAUGGUUGGUCUCUACAGCCGAGCCGGAAAUUUUGAAAUGGCGAUGGACCUUAUAAAUAACAUGCCUUUUUCUGCUGAUGCAAAUGUGUGGCGAGCUAUCUUGGGUGCUUGCCCUGUUUACCUCAACUUAGAGCUAGCCAAAUUUUCUGCAGAAAAGAUCAUUUCAUUACAGCCAAAAGACUCUUUUGCGUAUUCUACCUUGGCCAAUAUUUACGCUGCAGCUGGAAACUGGCAAGAGAGGGAUGAAGUGGUGAGGUUGGCAAAGGAAAGAAAAGUGCAAAGGCUACCUGGGUUUAGCUGGAUUGAGGUGUAGAACAAGACCUACACAUUCUUGGCUGGUGAUGUUUCACAUCCCUUAUCAGACGUUAUGUAUACUUGAAACUUGACGAAUUAUAUACCUGAUUGACACAGUGAGAGGCUGGCCAUUGCUUUUGGAUUGAUGGCGAAGCCCCCAGGAUCUCCUUUUCAGAUUUUGAAAAAUCUUAGGGUAUGUGGAGACUGUCACCCUGUUAUUUAAUUAAUUUCAGUGAUACAAGCAAGGGAUAAUGUUGUCAGAGAUUCAAAACGAUACCAUCACUUCAAGGGUGAUUUAUGCUCUUGUAGAGAUUAUUGGUGAGACUCCAUUUGGGAAGACAAUUUAACGAUAGGCAUGGAGGUAUCUCUCAUGUAAGUCAUCAAAGCUUACCGCCUUCAAAAAAUACACCUGCAUUACUUCUAGGGUGAUACAUGAUCUCAUUAGUAAAAGCACAGAUUAUAGCACAAGUUAUUCUUUACUUGCCAUGGAAAACACAGCAGCUGUAUUUAGUCUGCGGCCUGUGCAAACCCAAUGGUGUAUUCCAUUAAAAGAAUUGUAUACCAAUGUCUUCAAGAAUGAGUAGAUCAAGUCCCAUAGACCCUGGGAUAACUUUUUCCUUUUUUUAACUCCAUUGGUGUAGUCUGCUGGUUCAUCUAGCUGGGGUUCUGUGGUGGUGUUCCUAUUUGCAAGCCAUGUGCAGUACCAAUUACUAGUCUACUGGAAAAUUUGUUCUUGGUAGCAUUGAAGUCGAGAAAUUUUCACUGCUAACGCUCCUGUUGAUGAGCUGUGCUGCUUCUUCUUGACCAAUUAGAGUGGCAGGGAUGACAAACUGAAAGCCAACAUCUUUGAGAAAUGGAUCCACAAGAAUCAUUCCUACACUACCACCUUGUCUUACAACUAUGCUUUUCUCCCUUCUGUUAUCAGUAAAUGUCUAAGGUACACACAACAAUUUUUCCCUUAAUUAAGCUUGCAUUUAGAGUACUGUUCUUGCAGAAGCUGAUGAAGGAAACAAGCAGAAAGAAAAAGAUGAUAGAAAGUUAAAGACACAUGCUAGAAUAAAUAUAUAAAGUCGAAUAUUAAGAUGAUAGAAAAUUUGAAAUCGUUAUACGAAGUAAAAGUAUUGUUUGCAUAUACUGAAAGGUGUGUUCUUUUCAUUUCCUUUUGGGACUAAGGAGCCUAUUUUGAGUAUAUAGCAUGGUAGAAAACUAGGUUAUGAAACACUUAUUGUAGCCGUGUGUGUGUGGAAACAUCAAAAUUUUGAAGAGAUAAAUUACCUUGCAUUCUUUGCUGUGGCUCCAGAGGCAGCUGCAACACUUGCAGAUAUCAAACUGUAGGACGACUCCAUUUCCAGUGGGUUUAGAGAGGAACCCUGAAAUCCCAAAAUUCAAAGCAAAAGUGCUUGCAGCAACAGUGAGGAUCCAAGGAGGAACAUUGCAUGCAGUACUAGGGAAACCAGAGUUCCCCGCUGAUGCAGAAACAAGUAUUCCUUUCUGGAAUGCAUGGAAAGUUCCAAUGGAGAUUGCAUUU